AUGGCUAGUGACCAGACUGAAAGUGUCCUCAAGAAAAUAAUUCGUGAAGUCGGCCAAGAAUGCGCUGCCCAGGGACAAGCUGUUUCGGAGAGCUUGGUGGCGUUCCUGGUGAAAGCUGUUUGUUUAGGUCCGAGAAGUAACUUUCACCUGGAUCAAAACCUUACAGAAAAAGAUGUGCAAAGCCUUUCCCAGCUCUGUGUUUCCAGGCUGCUUGACACAUCAAACCCAUCCCUGAGCACAAUUAAGAUGCAAGUUUACUUUGAUUUGAACUAUACAAACCAAGCUGGAUUACUCAGUGAGCAGCGACGUGUUCUGGAGGGAAGGCUGGCUCCUGUGGUCAGAGAGAUCACAGGCAGUCAUCCUUGUGUGCAAGAAGAAAUGGAGAAUCUGUAUCAAAAGAUCAUUAGCUACAUGCUGCUGAGCUCUGGCCUGGGAUCCCCAACAGAUCUUGAGGCUGUCAGAGAGGUAACAGCUGCCCUGCAGAGUGUAUUCCCCCAGACAGAGCUGAUCACUUUCAUCUCACUUGGUAAGAAGAACAAAGAGCAACAGCUGAAAAAUCUUGCCAUGCUAGUCACAGGAAUUCGGUUGUACAACAAGGAACUGAGGCAAGGAGGAAGCAGCAUUGAUGACUUGCCAGCCAUUCUGAAUGAAGCCAUCCCAGCAGCUACACAGACUGUCAAGGAAGGUCUUAAUACUUGCCAUAUGCUAGCCUACCAGUACACAGCCCUGUUGGAAUCCAUGGAGGAGGACCAGCACAGAUACACACAGCUUAGUUCUCUGAAACUAAAAGAAGCGCUGUUCAAUGUGAGACAGCACGAGGCCUUCCUCCGCAUCCUUCUGUCUGAUGCAACUACAAGUGCUGAAGAAACUGAAAAGAUGAAUGUGCAGUUUGCAGCAACAAUGGAGCAGCUGAAAAGCACAGUGCAGAAUAAGGUUUCCAUAGACACCAAAGAAGUUUUUCCACUCUUUGCUGAGCUCUCUAACCUCUGGGCCAGCUUCCAGGAUGAGAUACUUCUGCUAAGAUUCCUCACAAAUAUGACCAACAGUCUGCAACAGUUCUCAGAAAUCCAUUCCAAGCUUUUUCCUGAGGAAGUGCUAACAUCUCUUCUGGAAGGAGUGACUGUGAAAACUGAUGAGGAGAGGAUAAGAGAAACCAUGGGUACCAGAGUCAAUGCUUCUGAUUUCAAGAACCAAGAAUGGCUUUUUCCAGAGUCUACUGAUAAUUUGGACCAGUUGCUAAUCCAGUAUUGUGGUUUCUGUGCACAUGCAAUUGGUGUGAAAGGCCUCACCCUCCCAGGAAAUCCUGCUAUUGGAAUUUUGAAGCACAGAGAGAAAUGUUAUGUUUUCAGUUCCAAAGAAGCUGCCUACACCUUUGCUCAAGAUCCAGAUAAGUUCAUCCAAUUGAAUGUAGAAAAGGCACAAGAAUAUGCAGAGCUAAUUCAACUGCUCGAGUAUCAUCAUCAGUUUGAGUACCUUGCUCCAUAUGCUCAGGCCACAAAAGCAGACAAGUGUUUGAUGAAACCAACCAUAAAAUGUGACAGUAGUACUCAAACUGAUACUCAUAUCUUGCCUCCAACUAUUGUGGCAUCCUAUGAAUGGAAUGAAUGGGAACUGAGAAGAAAAGCUAUAAAAUUGGCCAAUUUGCGCCACAAGUUGACUCAUGCCGUGCAGACUGACCUCAGCCAUAUGAGGAGAAACAACUGCACCCAAGUGUACCUGCCAAAAGAUGUUAGCACCCAGGCUAAGCGUGACAACUCAAGCAAUGUACCCAAACCACAGAUUUUCUUGGAAGGUCUUCGAGGAGGAUCAUCCCCUACUACUCAUAUGGUCAAAGUAGACUUAACAAGACCAAUAGAUGAAACCUAAGUGAAGGU